AUGUGGAGACGAACGUACCUGCUGCUGCUGGUGAUCCGGGUGUACUUCGCACUGUCUCCAAGUUAUUUACACCCGGAUGAGAAUUUCCAAGGCCCCGAAGUCUUUGCAGGUCGCAUUUUCUCCUAUCCUUCCCGCUUACCCUGGGAAUUUACCUCCGAUAAGCCAAUACGCAGCGUCUUCCCACUAUGGCCGACCUACGACGUACCGAUGAACCUGCUGAAGGGAUUCUAUACAGAAAGCGGGACACUAAACCCUCCGCCAGAGCUGGUUUACUAUGUGUUGCGAGGGGUCAUGUUUCUCUUAAGCUUUGUGCUCGAGGAUUGGGCCGUCUAUGAGCUGGUUCCCCUACCGCGCCAUCGCCGCGCAACGGUGGUCCUAGUCGCAUCCUCGUAUGUCACCUGGACAUAUCAGACGCACACCUUCUCCAACUCCAUCGAGACCCUGUUGGUCGCCUGGGGCUUAGUCUUGAUUCAGCGCAUUGUUGAUAACAAGCGACGCUCGUCCAUCUUCGCAUGCGCCGUGCUAUCUCUCAUCGCCGUCGUGGGUGUUUUCAACCGCAUCACUUUUCCGGCCUUCCUCCUCGUCCCAGGACUGCGGUUACUGCCUCAUUUCUGGCGCAAGCCUUUCUCCUUGCUUUCAUUCGCUGGGUUCGGUUUAUUCUUCUUCUGCAUCGCUGUCCUUGUCGAUACAACGUUCUACAACCCUUCUGCCUCGCUUUGGGACGCUCUUCACGCACCUAUCAUCACGCCCCUCAAUAAUCUGCUCUAUAAUAGCGACAAGUCCAACCUAGCUCUCCAUGGCCUUCACCCUAGGUACCAUCACUUUCUAGUCAAUCUGCCGCAACUCCUGGGGCCAGCGUAUGUGGCGAUAGUACUUUCUUUGAGCAAGUCGAAAGCAAUUCAGUCUUCGCUAAAAAACAUACGCGCCGUCUCUGCCAUAUCAGCAACCGCUAUGCUUUCCUUGUUUCCGCACCAGGAACCCCGGUUCCUGCUUCCAUGCGUCCCGCUCCUCCUUAGUUGCCUCCGCGUGCGCAAAUCGCGUCUUUUCUUGGCGGCUUGGGUGAUUUUUAAUGCCGCUCUAGGGUUCCUCAUGGGAGUGUACCAUCAGGGUGGCGUAGUCCCUACUCAGCUUGCGAUCCCCUCAAUCGUCUCCGAUAGCUUCUUCGAGGCUGGUGCCAUCGACAAUGCCCAGAAAUCGGCUACAAUACUCUGGUGGAAGACCUAUUCCCCUCCAUUGUGGUUGUUGGGAGAGAGCACCAGCACCCAGCUGGACAUCGAAACGCGGGACUUGAUGGGUAUCUCCGGACCAGAAAUGGCCAACGAGCUCGAGAAAUUGGUGCCACAAUGCCCAAACCCCGACGAAAGCAACAGCGUGGAUCAUCCCGAACGCUCGGUCUUUGUGGUCGCACCUAAAUCCGCUACUUUCCUCGACCGGUAUACACAUCCCUCGCCCGACAAUUCAGGUCUCACACUGCACGAGCUGUGGACUUGGCGCAAGCAUCUCAAUUUGGAUGACCUGGACUUUGGCACUGAUGGCAUUUUCCCUACCUUGAACCGAGUGAUCGGCAGACGCGGAUUGUCCGUCUGGGCCGCACGAAGAAGUGGUUGUGUUUGA